CCCCCUGCCCGUUUUUGUGUCCUUCUCUCCAGCCAAGAAUUUGAGUCUGAGCAGAUUCCUGAGCUAACUGUCCGUGACACUCACAGCGUGAGCUCCGUCUGCAAAAUGUACUUCAGGGAGCUCCCGAACCCUCUGCUGACCGACCAGCUGUAUGAGAAGUUCUCGGAGGCUGUUGGUGCCACUACAGAUGAGGAGCAGCUGGUCAGAAUGCAGGACGUCAUCCAGCAGCUGCCCGCUCCUCACUACAGGACACUGGAGUACCUGAUGAGACACUUGGCUCGUCUAGCCGGGAACUGUUCCGUGACAAACAUGCACGCUAAGAACUUAGCAAUUGUGUGGGCUCCAAACCUCUUAAG